AUGCGCAGUCCAUCAGACGAUGUACCUCAGAACGAAUCAUGCCAAUCGCAGAGUCAAACCUCUUAUUUUUCGCAUUCCAACUCAGUGAAUCUUUUGCCUGCCAACUCCACAGUUUUAUUGGCUACUGCUCAAGUAGACAUCCAAGACGCUUGGGGUAACUUUCAGAAAGUUCGAGUUUUAUUAGACGCCGGUUCUCAAAUUAAUAUCAUAUCCCAAUCUUGUGUUAAUAAGUUAGGAUUGCAAAUUUCAAAGACUGCACUUUCAAUUACUGGCAUAGGGGAAAGUUCAUCUACUGCUUCUGGUAGCACUGUCUGCUCUAUUCGCCCUACAGGUCAGAUCAAUCCAUGUUUCACCUUUGACGCUGUAGUUCUCCCAAAAAUUUGUACACAAAUGCCGACCUCUUUAGUCCAAUUUUCCAAUUGGAAAUGCAUCUCCAACAAAAAAUUAGCAGAUUCUGAAUUUUCUACUCCACAUUCUGUGGACAUUCUUCUUGGUGCAGAUAUUUUCCCACUUGUACUCAAAGACGGUCGAAUCAAAGGCAACGGUUCGGAACCUACAGCCCUAGAAACUGUUUUCGGUUGGGUUUUCAUGGGACAAAUUCAGUCUCCUAGUCGCUCAAUGAAUUCAUUUCAUUUGUCUUUAAGUGAUUCUUCUUUGAAUUCCACAUUAAAGAGGUUCUGGGAACUCGAAGAGGUGCCAACAACAACAUCCUCUUCACCAGAGGAUCAACGUUGUGAACAACUCUUUGUUGAAGGUCAUUCGAGAGAUGCUUCGGGACGAUACACGGUUGCAUUGCCAUUCGAAAGUGGCAAAUGCGUUUGUUUUGGGGAUACAUAUUCUUUAGCUCUGCGUCGUUUUCUGUCGCUCGAACGUAGACUUAUAAGAACUCCAGAAGUUUACCAGGAGUAUUGUCAUUUUAUGAAAGAUUAUUUGAGUAGUAAUCAUAUGUCGUCAGUGAUCACCGAUGUCGAAACUGAAAAUAAUUUCUAUAUCCCUCAUCAUUGUAUCAUCAAGCCUGAUAGUGCGUCGACUAAGUUACGAGUAGUGUUCGACGCAUCAGCUCACCUUCCAGGUAAAUAA